CAAGACCAGGACCAUACUCUGUGGCUCCAAGUGUCAGUAUUCUGGCCCUAAAUGUGCGCUUCAAUGUUCCCAAGGAGGCCCAGAUGGUGCCAAGCUUCCUGGGAUGCUUUCCUUCUAUCCACACUUUGCACGUGCAGUCUGGUGGAGGUGACGAGCCCAUUGGAGAGCCCAAUUUCAACUUCUGGCUGGAGGCUAGCCCCAUCAAGUGCUUGAAGUCAACACUGAGAAAGGUGGUGGCCAAGAACUUCCGAGGGUAUGGCAGUGAGUUUUCAUUCCUUAGGUUCAUAUGGGAGAGGGCAAAGGUGCUUCAAAAAUUGGUGGUCGAUUUGGCUAGUGGAGAUGAUCCUGCUUUGAUUGAGGAGAUCCGCACCAAACUGAAAUCAGUUUGUGUGAAAAGGGUGAAAGGCCGCAAUUCAAUGUUUAUGCUGCGUUCUGGAGGAAGCAGAUGGUGCUUAAAGAUAGCGUCCAACCUUACCCGAAGUGACCCGUUUGAUUUCUGAUUGUCACCCUGGAAAGCAAAGGGUACCUUCGAACAACAGGGAAACCACAUUCCCAAACUCAGUUCGUCGAAAAAAGCAUUCUCAAACUGAUUAGCUUCUUCUGUUAGUGAUUAGUGAUCCACUUAUGUUCAGAACUUGAAAGUUUAUCUUCAUAUGUGCUCAUGCUUGUCUGCACAAUUUGGUACUGUUUUAUGG